UGAACUUAGAAUAAUCUGAUAUUAUACGAAUAAUGUUAUUUUAGAACAAGUGUUUUGGUGGACAAGUCGAACGUUGUCGUUAUCGUAUAAUGUGAUCUAUUAAAAUGUAUCGCGCAAAUCAAAAUGGACAGCCUCAAAGGGUAAAUGCUGAUCCAAUUCAGAAUCGGGUAAACGGAAGGCAUCCUGCCCCUAUAAAUGUUCCAAUGACGGUUUCUGAACAAUGUAGGGAGUCAUGGUUCACUGCUAUCAUAGGGCUCAUUCUGUUUGCAACUGGCAUGUGUCUUUUAUUUUGGAAUGAGGGAAGAGCCGUGAAAGUAGCACACUCUUUAGAUGAAGCUUUACGCAAUUUGGCAGUUCUUCCAAGCACUAUAAAAUUGUUACCUGAAUACGAAGGUCGUUUAAUACACUUGUCAGGUCCUUUAAACAUAUUGGAACCAUUGACAGAACCUGAUUAUGGAGUAAUUGUAUCAAGUGUAAAACUGAAAAGGAGAGUUCAAAUGUAUCAGUGGAUUGAAAUAGAAGAAGAACGAAGUUUCGGCGAAGUAACAGAAGAAGAUAAACAUUAUUAUUAUACAACAGAAUGGAAAGACAAACUGAUCGAUUCUGAUCAUUUUUAUAUUAGAACUGGUCAUCAUAAUCCAAAAGAGAUGCCUAUUAAGAGUCAGAUACAAAUUGCGGACGAAGUUAAAAUCGGGGCAUUUACUCUAGGAACUGAAUUAAAAAAGAAAUUCAACGAAUUUAUAGAAGUCACCAGCGAUGAAAGACCAGAACGUAAAGACAUUAAAAUGCAUUCUGGUUUAUACUAUCAUAGUUCAGAUUUAUGGAAUCCUCAGGUAGGAGAUAUACGUAUACAGUUCUCUUAUGCAGGAAAAUCAGGAGAAAUUUAUUCUAUAGUUGGUAUGUUACAAAAGGGUACUAUUGUACCAUACAUCACAUCGCAUGGUGAAGAGAUUUUACUUCAACGGAAGCACAAAAUCACAGUAGAUCAAAUGUUUCAUUUAGAACACGUACACAACUAUUGGCGCACAUGGACUAUUAGAGGUCUCGGCUGGUUAGUCCUAUUUUUGGCAGCAACAUGUUUAGCAAACAUACUGAGAACAGUAAUUUUAAAUUCUACAUUCUUAUGUGGAAUCAUUGCAAUUGAGUCUUUAACAAUGUCAGUGUCCAUGUCUAUUAGUUUGUUGGUAAUAGGUUUCGCUUGGGUAUGGUAUCGACCAGUGAUAGGUCUUUGUCUAGCAUUGGCGUCGAUUUUACCUUUUAUCUAUUCAACUUUAACAUCAGGAUCUCAACCGCAACAACGUGAUAACUACAGAAGAUUAUGA